CCGGUUCCGUUGGGUCCCCCUUUGGCUCAGGUUCCCUGCCCCUCCCCCUUCCCGGAGCCCCGAGGGGCCGGAGCUCCUGGCGGUGCCGGAUCCUGACGGCGGCCUUCCCCCGGGUCUGUAAGUGUGGAGGCGGCCGAAGCGCCGGGAUGGGGUGCGGGAUCUCUCAAAAUAGAGCCCCGUUGGGGCCCUAUUUGGGCCGGGAACUGCGCUGGUAUGGGGGCUGAGAGGCUGGCCUACGCCCCUGGGGAAUUAAGAAGCCUUUGGCCCGGCCCACGCUGCGCCCCGCCCCUUUGCCUUCCCCGAGUCUGGAGCAAGGAGCUUGAGAUUGUCCGAUGAACCGCCUCCUGGAACCCCAACCGAGGGUCCUACCAGUUGGUUUGGACCCUGGACUCUGCAUCUUGUAGAAAGUACCAGAGUUGGGCCCCUGAGCAAACGAGCCGCAGUAUCCAGCCCAAGACAAGGCCUUCAAUGCCAGCCGAGUCACUGAGUGCUAGAUUACCCUUUUAAUGGGAUUUCACUCAAUUCAGUCAUACUGGCGCUAUACUAGGCACUGGACAUUGAUCAGGUCUGCCAAAAUGUCUGAAAGAUCAGAUCUCCUUCACUUCAAGUUUGAAAAUUAUGGAGAUUCAAUGUUACAAAAAAUGAACAAAUUAAGAGAAGAGAAUAAAUUUUGUGAUGUUACAGUUCUCAUAGAUGAUAUUGAGGUGCAGGGACAUAAAAUUGUGUUUGCUGCAGGUUCCCCCUUCUUAAGAGACCAGUUUUUACUGAAUGAUUCCAGAGAGGUGAAAAUCUCCAUAUUACAGAGUUCUGAAGUGGGGAGACAAUUGCUCUUAUCCUGUUAUAGUGGUGUGCUGGAAUUCCCUGAGAUGGAACUGGUAAAUUACUUGACUGCUGCAAGUUUUCUUCAGAUGAGCCACAUUGUAGAACGAUGCACACAGGCCCUGUGGAAAUUUAUAAAGCCAAAGCAGCCAAUGGAUAGUAAAGAGGGAUGUGAACCGCAGAGUGCUUCUCCCCAGUCAAAAGAACAGCAGGGAGAUGCCAGAGGCUCCCCAAAGCAGGACUCACCUUGUAUUCAUCCAUCUGAAGACAGUAUGGAUAUGGAGGACAGUGAUAUUCAGAUUGUUAAAGUAGAAUCUAUUGGGGAUGUAUCAGAGGUUAGAAGUAAAAAAGAUCAGAACCAGUUUAUUUCUUCUGAACCCACUGCUUUACAUUCAUCAGAACCCCAGCACUCCCUGAUAAAUUCAACUGUGGAAAACAGAGUAAGUGAAAUAGAACAAACCCACCUCCACAAUUAUGCUCUGUCUUACGCAGGCAGUGAUAACAUCAUCAUGACCUCAAAAGAUGUCUUCGGGCCUAAUAUUCGAGGUGUAGACAAAGGCCUACAGUGGCAUCACCAGUGCCCAAAGUGUACCAGGGUGUUCCGUCACCUGGAGAACUACGCCAACCAUUUAAAAAUGCACAAACUCUUUAUGUGUCUACUCUGCGGCAAGACUUUUACUCAGAAAGGCAACCUUCAUCGACACAUGCGUGUGCAUGCCGGAAUUAAACCUUUCCAGUGUAAAAUCUGUGGGAAAACCUUUUCUCAGAAGUGUUCCUUACAGGAUCAUCUUAAUCUUCACAGUGGAGAUAAGCCCCAUAAGUGUAACUAUUGUGACAUGGUAUUUGCACAUAAGCCAGUUUUGAGGAAACACCUUAAACAGUUGCAUGGCAAAAACAGCUUUGAUAAUGCCAAUGAGAGAAAUGUGCAAGACCUCACAGUGGAUUAUGAUUCUUUUGCAUGUACAACAGUCACAGACUCUAAAGGGUGUCAGCCACAGCCUGAUGGAACACAGGUCCUGGAUGCAGGUAAACUGGCCCAAGCUGUCCUCAGCUUAAGGAGUGAUAGUACUUGUGUGAAUUGAGUAGAGGCUUAAUCACAACUAGAACUGACUGUCAGUGUGGCAAUAGUCUUGAGUCUUUUUUUAGGAGUGAUUUUACUAGUUUUACUUCUCCAAAACCUCCAAUGUAGGUGGUAGGGGGUAAGUUAAAGCACUAAUAGACCAGGCAACUUACCACUUGGAGUGGUUUUGCCUUCCUUUUGCCCUCUCCCAUAAAUAACUCUGUUUUGAGUUAUUUAUUUUGUGAUGUCUGUUUUCUUUCCCAAGGGAUAAUUCCAUUUAUCUACCUAACGUUGACUUAUGUCUUAGACUGACACUGUUUUAGGCUUUCACCAGCACAUUCUAAAAGUACCAAACGGUUAAUAACAUUACCUGCUCUCCACUAAUAGAUGCUGUGCUAAAAGAAGUGAAUAAUAAUUUUCUUUGGCAAAAAAUAGACUAAGAUAAAAGAUGAUACUGCUGUUGACCUAAAUAUGUGAUAAAACCCUACGGUUACCUAUUGAUAAUUGAUCCAUGUCUGAUAAAUGAACAAAUCUACUUCCUAUCCUUUGUACUUGUCUUGGAGCUGGCUCUAAAGAAGUAUGUUGGUUUACUCUGUAUACUUUCCAACACUACCACGGCCCAACUUCAUCUCACUGAAUUGUUUGUAUAGACCAGAGUAUACGCUUUUCAAAAACACCCACAGACAAAUAGAGAUCACCAUAGAAGGCAUAAUGAAGGAAAGAAGAACAAUUAUAAAGCAACACGUAAGUGAGAGGGUUUCCAGGUAGCACAUCCCAGUAAAAGGCCAGAUGCUUGCCAGGAAUAUAGCUCAGUGGCACAGUGCCUGCCUGGCAAGUGCGAGGUCGUGAGUUCGAUUCCCAGUACCAAAAAAUAAAAAAGAGGCCAGAUGCUUAAUGUGACACUGAUGCUUUUGAAAUCAGGAUUGCUUCUGGCAUACUUUUUAGUCCUAAAAAAUAAUGAUCUCUCCAGAAAAGUAGUAUUUGAGAACUUCUGAAUUUCAUAUCAGAGUUUAACCAUCAGAAAGGUGAGUUUAGCCAUCAGAAUUUUGUCCUUUAUAAGUGUACCUAAGUUCUUAAAAUAGAUGAAAAAAGUUAAAUGAGACACAUAAGAGCAACCGAUUUUUUUUUUUUUUUUUUUUUGCAUUCAAAUAUUUUCCUUAAAAGUACACUACCCCACUUUGCCACCUUAGACAGACUUAUAAUAAUACAAAGUUGGCCUUCCAGUUCGGGAAGAAUAAAACUAUUUUUCCUUAAGCACACUUCACACAUAAAAUUUUGAGUACUACUUGGUCCUAACCCAUGGGUUAGACUUAGAUAGUAGGAGUGUUAGAGUACAGUACUUAGAGAAUCUUAAAGAGACAUUUACUCCUCCUCCUUAAUUUAAAUUGGGACAUCCAAAGCCCAAAGAAGUGGCCUGGCCAAUGUUGGCUAAACUAAAUAAGUGACUAACUAUAAACUAAUGUCUCUUUAUUUCUUCCCACUACACUUUGACUUAAAAAUCUACAAGUUGAAGAACAGUGCAUUAGCAAAAACGUCUCCAGUUUUAUGUUUCACUUUUUGUGUUUCCCUGCUGGCUUUCUGAGACAACCUGGAUCUUGCCAGCAAAACAUCACCAAGGAACUUAUUUAAUUAUUAUUUUUUAAAUUUUAUUUUUACUGAACCCAGGGUCUCAUGUAUGCUAGGCAUACAUUCUUCCACUGCCUUAUAUCCCCAGCCCCUGUCGGUUAUUUUUUAGAUGAGUAUUACAUUCUUCUCAAGCAUUUAGUUUAUUUUUUGACUGUUAGGGAGGGAAAAGGCAAGAAUAAUGUGAAAAGGAUCCAAAUGUGAAAUGCAUUUUAUCUGGAAAACUGUUUCAUUUCUGUCAAGGUUUUCGCUUUUGUUUUUGAGCUGAGAGAGUACAUGUACAAAUAAUCCAAAAGUUAGGCUUUAUUUAUAUAGUCAGAGAAAAUUAUAAUUUGAUAUAUUCCCAAGUGAGUGUGAUUUGAGGUAUAACUUCUCUUCCUUUCAGAUAUUUAAUGUGAGAAUAGAGGUUAGUGAUAAAACUUACCGGUACCUUAUGCCGGCAUCAGUCAUUGUCAAAUGAUACUUCCUAGCAUUGUGAUUUUUAUAGGAUCCAGCCAGGAGUACCAAUUCUAUGCAACAGUGAGCCUACUAAGCCAACCAGUAUUUUCUCUGAACAUCAUUUCUUGGCAGAAAAAUUUCAGUACUUCUUUGCUCACAUUCAUGUUUUGUUUUUGUUACUCACUUGAAGACUGAAGCACAGGGGUUUGAAUAAAAUUGGUCUCUUUGGUUGGAAACUAUUUCUAGGUUCAUUUAGAUCAUUCCCGAAACUGGUUUUUUGGUUUUUGGUUUUCAUUUAUUUUUGACAGGGUCUUGCUGCGUAGUUCAGGCUGGCCUUGAACUCACC